AUGAGGGCUAUGCUGGGAUUCCUGUUUCUGUUUCUCAUCCAAAGACAGUGCUGCUUUGGUUGUGCUGUGAGUGAGGAACAGCGCCCCCAGGUGACAUAUCUACUCAACCAGAUGAUCCAAUCUGCCACUGCUCCAGGAGCCCUGCCAAACCCCAGUGUCUUGUUGGCUCUUCAGCUGGCUCAAGAUGACAGUAACAGCACUAAACAAAUGCUGCUUCAGAGGAUUGCCCAGGAUGCAGUAGACAGGGUGGAGAAUGGAAAAUCUUUCCCUUCAGGCCAGGUAGCCCUCUAUGCCCUGGGUCAUCAGGCUUCUUGCUCUGAUCCCAGAAAAGUGUCUGCCAAAGGAAUUACUCUUGAUCUGGUGCAACUGUUGGAAAAGAAGUUCAAGAUGGAACUGGAGAACAUCAAGAUCACUGGCAAUCCCCUGAGCAACUAUUACCAGCUUGGCUUGUGUGUUCUCACCCUCUGCCAACUUCAUGGCAGCCUCUCAGUCAGUACAACAGCAGAUCUGUUCACUCCAGACCAAAAAAAGUAUUACUUUGAUGGCCAUUUCUCUGUAGACACAGCAUCAGUAGCAGUCCUUGCUCAGGUUUGUUUACAGACCACAGAUACAUCCAUGCUGCCAGAGGCAAAUGAAACAAUGACAGCAAAUAUACAAUGGCUGCUGAACAACAUCCUGGAACAGAAAACAAGUGAUGGUGUGAUUGGGAACAUGUACAGCACUGGGGAGGCCAUGCAGGCAUUGUCUGUGGCCAGAAACUAUCCUGCAGCUGGAUCGUGGAAUUGCUGCCAGACUUUGGACAAAGUCGUAAGUGAGAUACCUAAAGGCACUUUUGAUCACCCCAUGGCUGCAGCCCAACUCGUUCCCUCCUUGGAGGGUCGGAACUACCUUGAUGUGAGCACUGUUAACUGCUCUAUAGAAAAAGGUAAGCAUGAAAGUUAUUUUAUUUUCCAAUCCAUCAGUCACUUCCGGUCCAGCAACCCUAUUACAGUCAUGUACAUGGUCACUGAUAGUGUGAGGAAUACCUUCACUGAUUCCACUGUACUCUCUGUCCCAGAGGGCUCAGUCUUAUUCAGAGUAAUGGAAGUUGCACAGGAAAAAGACCCAGAUAGAUUCAGGUUCACAUAUGAGAAUACUACCUGGGGCCCAUACAUCACAUCAGUGCAAGACUUGGCAGCUGACAGCAGUGAGCGGACUUACUGGCAGCUCUUGAGCGGGGAAACUCCUUUGAGCAAAGGUGCUGGGGAAUAUGUUGUGUCUGAUGGAGAGAGCUUGGUGGUAAAAUUCACCACUCUGGUGGAGCGGCUCAGCUGUUGCUGCCUUGUGGGGAAGAAACAAGUGAUAAAAGUCCAAGAGGCUGAGAAAUGCCUGGAGUUCGGCCUUGUUGGUGGGCUCCGAGGCAUUGCAAAUGGCCUUGACCUUGUCUUGCACGGGGUGGAUUCCACUCGUGUCCAUGGUGUAUCCCAGGAGACUGAUCUGUGGAACCCCAAGCAGGCACUUCUCCCACUUCACCUUCAACGCAGCUGCACUGAAACGUUGGAGCACUGCACGGUGGAAAGCGAACUCGUUCUCAGUGGUGGUGGCAAUCACAUCAAAGAACAAUUGGCAAGGUCAAGGAGGCACCAAAGUUGUACUGGAAGAUUAUAUAAAAGGGGGCAGAGAGUUUUGUUGUUCAUUACAGAAGAAGUAGCUCAGUGGAAGUUACACUCAUUCCAAUCCAGAAUGUUCUUUGCUGCAAUUACCCAUCUAUGUGUGCUAUUCACAGCGAUCAACGCUGCUUCACUCUCUCCAAGGAUGUGCUCUGUUCCUGAUGAUCAGAAGUCAUUGGUCACAGGACUCCAGACACAGCUGGUGAAUUCAAUCAUCCUGCAAACCUCACCAGAUCCCAGUGUCGUGGUUGCUUUGAAUCUGGCUGAGGCUCUAGAUCUCUGCAUGAAAACACAGCUGGUUGAGAAGAUAAAGGAAACAGUUGUUGAGAAAAACACAGAAGAGAUGACUUCUGGCAAAGUGGCUCUUUAUGUUCUAGCUCUCCGGUCAUCCUGUGAGAAUCCUGAAGAUGUCACUACACCACUAAAUACUGUGAACCUGGUCAAUGUCCUAGAGGAAAAAACUAAAGAAGAGAUUAACUAUUUCUAUGACUAUGGGACUCUCAAGACAACCUACUACCAGCUGGCCCUGGACACCCUGGCCCUGUGUGUGGAGAAAAGCCUAGAUGUUGAGGAUGCCAGCAUCAUCCUUGCCAAGGCAGCGCUGGCUAAUGACCUGGAGUUUGGGGGUCAUUUCUCUGUAGAUACUGGGGCAGUAGCAAGCUUGGCACUGACAUGUGUGAGUGAAAUGAGCAAGAUACAGCAAAGUGAGCUUGUGAAAGUUAUUGAAGAGGCACUGGCUAAAAUGACAAAGCAAAUGCUGGGUGAACAACAGAACAAUGGCAUCAUUGGAAAUAUCUACAGCACUGGCCUAGCAAUGCAGGCACUUAGUGUUACUUCUGAGUUUUACAACUCUGGGGCAUGGAGCUGUGUGAAAACUACAGAGAACGUACUACAUGAGAUCUCCCUGGGAGCCUUUAAUAACCCUGCUGCUGCUGCUCAAAUCCUGCCUUCUCUAAUGGGUAAAACUUAUCUGGAUGUGAGGGACCCAACCUGUUCCUCAGGAAGUGGUUCCAGAAUCACAGUACAAUACACCAUAACCAAUGGCAUUGUAGGACCCAAUUUCAGCUAUUCCAUCACUGUGAAUGUACCAGAGGGCUCAGUGCUGCUCACUGUCUUGAAUGCAGCUCAAUGUGCUAAACCAAAUGAAUUCAGGUAA